AUGUGGAGUUACACGUACAACGGACGCCGCAGUGCGUUCGGUGACGCCCAGCGUAUCUUCUUCUCGGCCGCGAGCAACGACAGUGGCAAGCGCGCACUGGCGACAGCGCUCGAGAGAGGCACGCGGAGUAUAUAUAUCGGCGCCCCCGACGACGCCCCCCAGCUCGCCAAAGUCAAAAAGGCCAUUCGAGACGUAGUCGCCACGACUAUACUGCGACGUGACGAACUUAGCAUCGUGUGCGAGUGCAGCCACUUGUGGAACCCGACAGCGCUACGAACAAAGGUCGUCGACCUUCUCGCCAAGCUCGACGUUGCGUACUUGGAUGGGCUGUUGUUGCCAGCGAGCUUGCUCCCGCCGUUCGAGACGCAACUUUGUGUCGAUGAGCUCGAGCACGGAUGGCGCCAGCUGGUGGAGAUGCGCAACGAAGGGCUAGUCAAGCGCAUUGGCGUCAGCGACUUUCCAGUCGUCUUCCUCGAAGUGCUUUUCGACCGCUUUCCGACCGACCGCGUCGAGAUUAUCUGCUUGAGUGUGCACCCACUCCAGCCGCAACGCCACGUCAUUCGGUUUGCUCAUGCAAAGCAAUUGGACGUGCUGGCUCGAUGUCCCACCGCACUGCCCGACACGGUCGCGUAUGCCGAUCGCGAGCGCUGGCUGCAGCUCGCAGCGUCCAUCGCAGUUUCCCACGCAUCGCUAACGUUCAAGUACACGCUGCCGUCCGAGACGGUGCAAGCCGACACGGCAGUUGCGGUGCUGUCGCCCCCCGUUGACGCCAGCGUGCCGAUGCUACCCCUCAAGACGCCAAGCCAAGUGGCCGUCAAGUGGCUUCUUCAGCGAGGUCUCGUGUGCGUGCCGAUGGUCGAAGGCGACGAGCCGUACUCGGACGAAAACGUCGCAGAUCUCUUUAGCCUCACACACCCCUUCGUGCACGAUGUGGCCAGCGCCGCCCCGUCCAAGCCGUACCAGUUCAUUCUCUCCAAAGACGAAAUGGUCGCGAUCGGGCAUCUUGGCGCCCCCCACUAAAGCUAGAUGCUAUUUCAAAUCCUCUAAUGAUAUCUACACAACGAAAGCUAUCUCGAAUUCCACA